AUGCAAGCGCGCUCUAUCGCACGCGCUGUGUACUUCUCUCGGACAAGUCACAUUUAGCGCGCACAUCUUUUCAAGAGAAAUCACGUUGUUCUCCAUCAUUCUCCGCCAAAACUCUGCUCAAAUUUUCAAUUUAAGGACUUUACAAGUAAGUUUCAAUCAGAUUUAUUCCUACUGUUCAUCAAAAACCCUUCAAAAUUGCAGGUUUUCACACGAAAAAUGUCGGAAAUUGAAAAACCAGCAGGAGACCUCAAAUUGAACGAAGAGUCACAAAGCGAAGUGACUAUUAUCCAAGAAGGUAGUCAUAUUGCUAAGAAAAAGCUAUAAAAAAUAAAUUUAGGCAAAGCGAAAGUCAGAUUCCAUGGCCCUGUUUUCUACAAUCCCGUUCAAGAGUUCAAUCGUGAUUUGACGUUAGUUUUCCUAUUGAUUCAAUCGUUAAUAUCAAUUUUCUAGAGUAACUGUGCUCCGACAAUUCUCGGAUGACCAUCAAAAAUUGCACAAAGAGCAAAGCGAAGCAUCUGCCGCCUCACAAGCGUCCGGAGAUGAGCCGCCGAGGAAAAAGAACAAAUUGGCGAUCAUUGAAGACGGAAAGAUUCGAAUUCUGGAUGCUCUGUCGGCUUCAGGUUUGCGGGCACUGCGUUUCUCGAAAGAAGUGCCAAAUGUCGGCUUUAUUAUGGCCAAUGACUUUUCCGAUAAUGCGGUGGCGUCGAUUCAAGAGAAUGUUAAGCUGAACGAUGUCGAGGGAAUCGUAGAGGCUCAUUUCGGAGAUGCUGUGUACGUUUUCAGGGUUUUAACACCUUUAAACUAAACUUUUGCAGAAUGACAAUGAUGGAGCAUCGUGGAAUCGACAAACGGUUCCACGCGGUCGACCUGGAUCCGUACGGAACCGCGUCGACGUUCCUCGACUCGGCAGUCCAGUGCGUCGCCGACCGUGGCAUUCUCAUGGUCACCUGCACCGACAUGGCCGUCCUCUGCGGAAACACUCCAGAAGCGUGCUACAACAAGUACGACGCGGUCACCACGAGAAUGAAGUGUUGUCACGAAGUGGUGGGGCAAUUUAAUAAGGAAAACCAUCUAGGCAUGACUUUCAGGGUCUUCGAAUUCUGCUCCGUGCCAUUGACUCGGCCGCCAAUCGCUACACGCGGUACAUUGAGCCGUUGGUUUCGAUUUCCGUUGAUUUCUACGUUCGAGUAUUCGUCAGAGUGCAUACUGGAGCGCGUCAUGCUAAAGAAAGCGGAACGUGAGUGUCAAGAGAAGCUGAGAUGUGUCCAAUCGCUAUUUUUUUCCAGAAAAGUGGGCACAGUGCUCGUGUGCUCUGGCUGUCACGCCAUGGAACCGGUGAGUCUGCUGAAGAGAGGAGAGGGCAACCACGAGAACAAGUACACGCUGCCGACGAUCCGGCACUCGCUCACCGGCCCCGACAACCUCUGUGUCCACUGUUCUCACCGUCUCCACCAAAUCGGACCCAUCUACCUGGCCCCGAUCCACUCGAAACCGUUCGUUCAUUCCCUCCUCGAACGCCUCAAGAACACGCCGGAAUCAGAGCGUCUCGGCACGCACGCACGUCUUCAGGGCGUGCUAACGAUGGUCGGCGAAGAGCUCGACGAGCUGCUCUACUACGAGCACGAUCAGCUGGCGAACACGGUCAAAGUGUCGGUGCCGAAGGCGCAGAGUGUGCGGUCGGCGAUUCUCAACGCCGGUUUCAAAGUGUCCGGCUCGCAUUGCAACCCGCGGGCACUGAAAACGAACGCGCCGAUGCAGCUCAUGUGGGAUAUUUAUAGACAAGUCGUGAGUUGGGCUAAAAUCCCAACAGAUUAGAUGAAAAAUCAGAAAUUUCCAGGCGAAAGACACAAAUGUGGACCGGGAAAAGCGGUUGGCCGUCGAAUCGGCCGGAUACCACAUUCUCGGGCAGCCGAUGAGCCACUCCAUCAACUUUUCGCUCCAUCCGGGCGCAAUUGAGCAGGCCAAGAAGGAGAAUCUCGUGCGGUUCCAGUGCAAUAAAGGAAAGAACUGGGGACCGAGACAGAAGGCGAAAGGAUCGGUGAACUCGACAAAGGCCGGAUUCCAACUGACCACCGACAAAGAAUAA